UCCGCCUCUUAAAAUGGCGGAUAAUUUCAAAGUCCCAAAGUUACCAGGUUUUUUACACAGGACAAAAGAAUCGAGUAUCAAGGACUUCGAAGAAACCACCAGCUCCAAUCUUACAAAUGAGAGCGAUGAAUCUAAUGGUGAAAAGCCUAAGGAAGAGGAGGAAACAGCUCAAACCAUACAUGAUGCCGAUAAGUCGCGUGAUGAACCAGUAGCCCUUGAGCUAUCCUAUAACGAGCCAGUAUGGUCCGGACGUCCUCCAUCGUCAUCUUUUUUUCUCUCUGUCAUUAAGAACGGGGUACAAGUUGAUUCCGUUAGCCUAAAUACCCCGUUCAUAUUAUUCGGUCGUCUUCCUCAGUGUGGCGUUCAUUUGGAGCAUCCCUCGAUAUCCCGUCAUCAUGCCAUACUCCAGUACAGGCCGACGCCUUCCUCCACGCCCAUUGAGUCCUCGUCACUGAGCGCUGAUCCUACGGGCGAGGCUGGAUUCUAUCUGUAUGAUCUUGGGAGCACCCACGGCUCAUAUCUCAAUAAGAACAAGAUACAGUCUAGGAAAUAUUAUCGGGUUAGGGUCGGGCAGGUAAUGAAGUUCGGAGGAAGCACGAGGAUCUUUGUUUUAGAUCAGCCAAUGGAGUCAGUACAGGAGGUAAUAGAGGCAGAGGCUGAAGCAGAGAGAGAGGACAUUAUACAGAAACAGAAUGAAUAUCAGGAACUGCUGGCAGUAGCUGAGGCUGAAAAGAGAGAGAGAGAGCAAUUUAAGGAAUCACUUGGCGCCACAUGGGGAUUGCUGACAGUGGAUGAUUUUGGUAGCGAGAGAGGAAGGGAUCAAGAAGUAGAGAUGGACUCAGGCAGGGAAGCUUAUUACAUUGACGACCCUAAGAAAGCAUUGAAGAAAUUCUUUGACAGAGAAGGCAUUGAUUUGGAAUACGAAACAGAAGAAACAAAUGAACCAAAUGGAAAGAUUUACACAGUCAGGGUAAUGUUACCCAUUGAAGAUUUGUCAGGUCAACCAAUAUAUGCUGAAGGAUCACAGAAGGGAAAUAAGAAAGAAGCUGUUGUCAAGUGUGCCUUGGAAGCUUGCAGACUAUUAGAUAAUGAAGAUGUACUCAGAAAUCCAAUGAGAAGUUAUAAGCGGAAGAAAAGAGAUUGGGAAGAGAACGACUAUUAUGACAGUGAUGAGGAUAACUUCCUUGAUAGGACAGGAGAUGUUGAUAAGAAAAGAAAGACAAGAAUGAAGAGAGUUGGAAAAAUCGAAGACACUGUGGAGACUUAUGAGUCACUAAGCUCCAAACUAUCUGCUGUAGAGACAGAGCUAAAAGAGUUACACCAAUCACUAGAAAACUCUAAGAAAGGUAUCAGUGGAAGUGGAGAUUCACUGGAUUCUUUCAUGAAGAGCAUUAGCAGUCAAGUAGAUAAACAGAAACAAUCAGAAAUGAAGCUACGAAUACACCAACUGAAGAAAGAAGAAGUACGACUGAGGAAGCUUGUUAAAGUGGCAGAGCCAUACAGAUUGCCUGAUUCAAUAAAGAUUGGUACUAUUUCCACUCCUCCCUCUUCAAAAAUAUUCACUAAACAAACUGAAUGUCAGGAUAAUCCUUUUAAUCCAGCUCUGAAUACACAAGAGCAACUUGAGCCCAAUGAUGUAAUCCAAUCCCAACCGUUAAAACAAACACUCUUGUCUUGUGAUACUAUUGAUAGUCAUGACAACUCCAGAUCUACUGAUAAUGACAACCCUCCUUCCAACACUACACCCUCUCUUUCACCUUCUCUCCUCCCUCCUCCUCCUAAAAAGAAAGUAAUUGGUCCUUCUUUACCAAUUAGAAAGGAACCAACUGACAAGAAGGAAGAGGGCAAUCAAUGGCAAGAAGAUGAUAACUAUGCAUCAUGGCUACCACCUGAAGAUCAAACUGGAGAUGGGAGAACUAAACUUAAUGAAAAAUUUGGAUAUUAAAAAGAAAGUAAUUUUAAAACUAUGUUUUCAUAACUAUUCUAAAAGAUAAUUUCACAAAAUGGUUAAGAUUAAGUCAA